GGCCUUUGUCGGCCCGGGCGGCGCGCGCGCGCAGGAUAUGCCCCGACCCCCCCCUCCCGGGGGCAGGCCGCGCCCGCCAUGGCGCCCGAGAGUGCAGGUCGCGCGAGUCUCUCUAGAGCGAUGGGCUGGUGGCCGCACGUGGCGCUGUUCCUGGUCACCACCGCAGUCACGGCCUUGAACUCAGUGUACUUCAAGCGCCUGCUGAACUGCUUCCGGGGCGGGGGUUCAGACGGAGAGCCGGAGCACGACUACGCGGUGUUCGUGUCCGUCUUCGAUAUUCUGUUGUGGGCGGUGCGCGGGUGUAGUGCGCGUGGGGCUCGCGCGCGCGCUUCGGAGAGCAAUCGCGGCUCGAGGAGUGCGGCCAGCAGCCCGACGUCGGUUUAG